CUUUCCCAAGGACACAACGUCGGGCCCCUGACGGGAUUCGAACCCACGACCUUACGGUUGCGAGUCCGAGAGCCUAACCACUAGGCCACCGACGCCACCGACGCCAAGUACUGUAGUUGUGAGUGGUUCUUGUGUAUACUGACUGUGAUUCAAGAACUCCGGUAAACAUUCCAUCAAGAGUGGCCCAGAGAUGGCUCAUAACGAUCACGACCAUUCCCAAGACGUGGAUGGGUGCCAUGUUUCUGGCAAGUACUCGGAGUACAUCCAGACCCACCUGGAAGACCUGCGGGCCAAGUGUGAUCACCUCCUGGGGUGCAUCAACAAACUUCUGCAGGGGGAGAGUCCACUGGUCGUGCUCAAGGGAGACAACAUCAGCCUCAACAAGAUCUGUGGACUGAUCUACAGAAACGGCAACGGCGUGUACAGCAACUCCUCGGACAAAUGCUCGGACGUGGAGCGGGAGGACAUCCGCGUGGAUCUAGAGGGUCACCUGAAGAAUCACAUCGAGGACGCGUCCCGCUGGAAGAACGUACGUCGCUGUCUGGGCAAUAGCUACGGGGACAACGAGCGCACCACGUACGUGGAUGAGAUCUGUGGGCUGGCGCGGAAGCAGACAAAUUUGUGCAAAAGUUUCAACACGCACCGCACGGUGGAGACAUUCUUCAAUCAGCAGAUCCAACACCUCAAGUGUCACUGUCAGAACCUGGACGCCUCAGAUGGUCACUCCCACUCGCACGUGCCGGCCGGAGCGUACAUCGGAGCAGGCAUGGGAGGACUUCUGCUCAUCGUCAUCCUCGUCCUCGCCUUCCUCUGUUACCGUCACCGCAGACGACAACAAAAGAAAAAGAAAAGAUCUCCCAAUGUGAUCUACCUGCCGGCUCCUGACGCCGACAACCAUCCUAUCUACCAGGAGGUUUACAACGACAUGCCCUUCUUUCCCUAUCAACAGGGCCCGACGUCGACCGCCCCCAACCCGCCGACACUUCCUCCCAUGAGGUACACCCCCCACCCCACCACGUCACCACGGCAGGGAGCUCAGGAGGAAGAACCUGCCUACCUGGAGCCCGUUGAGGUCGGAUCUCAGCGCAGGCCGCGGCUACCUCUCCCCAAACAGGCCAACAACCCCGGCUACGACUUGCCCCCCAAGUACAGCGAGCGAGCAGAAGACGACGAAGCUCUCAAGCCGCAGUCGCCUGGCCUGGACGACAGUGACAUCGACGGCGGUUACUUCCAGCCGAUGCCCAGCCCCCCAGCCGAGGGUGGGGAGGAUCAGGUGGAGAAGGACAAAGCCGCAGGCUACGAGGCAGUGGAGUCUGUCCAGGAGGACAAACGGCUGGGGCCCGUACCGGCCAAGAGGACGAAGAAAGACGAUCGACAAGCUGAGUCGCAUUACUUUGUGUUGGAGAAUGUGAGGGAUGGAGAGAAGAUGGGGAAUGAACAUGAAGCGUGAGGAAGUCACAUUCCCUGUUUUAAGGACACCCGUUGUAUAGAGUCCCUGUGGACAGCGGUUGUAUUGGGACUGAUCCACGAAGCGACACUUACUGAAUGAGAUGAUGUCAGAGUUAGAGAAAGUCUCCUCAUACAGUCGUGCUUCUUCUGUAGUUUACACACCGUGGUGGAAUCCACUGAAACCCUAUACAAAUGUUCUGAAAACUGUGGUCAACCGAAAGAAAACCUAGUUGUUUCCCUCCUAUAUUGACACAACUUGUCGAAACGGACAUCUCGGCUAAACUGAAGAAAACUUAGAUCUCCCGCAGAUUUCAGUUUGAGCCGACUCCACAGUCGAUCAGUUGUACUGGUAGUCGAGAAAUUCUGCUCAGUAAGAGUAACAACCGUGAAAUAUAUGCAAUGACUGUUCCAUUUUGCUCAGCAUCAUGGGUUGGGUCUGUCAUACUCUAUGCAC